GCUUAUAUAUAUUAUUAGCUUCUUAAUCUUAAUUAUAUAUGGAUCGAUCGAUCCUUGCCGCGCGCCUAUCGAUCAUAGCAAGCAAGAUUAGCUAGCUCUAUCUACCAGCUGCUACUCAUCCGAUCCAUAUAUAUAUAUAUAUCCGUCCAAGCAAAUUCAAAUCAUGGAUGAUAGCUAGCUGCGCGCGGCGUAACUUCAUUAUAUAUAUAGCUAGCAGCAGCAGCAGCUAGAUUGCUGCUGGCCUCCAUCGAUCCAUCAUACACACAUAUAUAUAUACUAGCUCCCAAUUCCGUAUGUAUGCAUACAUAAUUUAAUUAAGAUCCUAUCUAUCUAUAUAUCGGCCUGGGCGCUAGCUAGGUGUAAGUGGCCGGGUGUGGAUGAUGUAUGAGAAAUUGAUCAAGAUUAAUUAUAUAUACAUACAUACUCCCAUCCAAAUUAUAUAUAAAUUACAUCGAUCAUAGAUAUAUACAGCAAGCAAGCAAUUGAUCGAGUAGAUGAUGAAGAAGAACAGCGGCGGCGGCCAUCAUGCUACGAUGAUGAUGAGCAGCAGCAGCGGCAGUUCAGAUCUGCAGAUAGCAGAUGCAGCAGCCAAUAAGCCCUAUCAUCACUGUCCUGGCUGUGGUCACACCCUCCAACCCAACCCGGAUUGGGUGGGUCUGCCGGCCGGAGUGAAGUUUGACCCAACAGACCAAGAAUUGAUACAACACCUCGAAGCAAAAGUGGCGGUGCAGGUUGAUAAAGAAUCCAAAUCCGGCGGCGGCCACCCUUUGAUCGAUGAGUUCAUCCCUACCAUUGAAGGGGAAGAUGGCAUCUGUUAUACCCAUCCAGAAAAACUUCCUGGUGUGAGACGAGAUGGGUUGAGUCGGCAUUUUUUCCACAGGCCGUCGAAAGCGUACACAACGGGGACGAGAAAGAGGCGGAAGAUUCAGACGGAGUGCGAGGUGGCGGGGGAGACCCGGUGGCACAAGACCGGGAAGACCCGCCCGGUGAUGGCCCACGGCAAGCAGAGAGGGUGCAAGAAGAUACUCGUGCUCUACACCAACUUCGGGAAGAACCGCAAACCCGAAAAGACCAACUGGGUCAUGCACCAGUACCAUUUGGGUCAGCACGAAGAGGAGAAGGAAGGCGAGCUCGUCGUCUCCAAAAUCUUCUACCAGACGCAGCCCAGGCAAUGCACCACCGCCCCCGAUCGCCGUGACAGCGCCGCCAGCUCUUCUUCAUCUUAUAAGGACGUCGCCGCCCAAUCCCACUCUCAUCCAGAUAAUAAUCAACUCAUCUCGGUUGCAGUUGCUUUGCAAACUCAACCCACCGACGACCACCAUUAUACCGCCUCCUUCCACCCUUUCACAAAACACGACCACGACUUUCAUCACGCGGGCGGGGGGCUUCCAGUGGCAGCCGAAGCUGUAGGUAGUAGAAUGAUGGUAAUGGAAAUUCCGGGGACAAGGCCGCCGCAUCAGCAGCUUCAGUGCGAAGGCGGCGGCGGGCAUGAUCAAAAUACAAGCGCUGCCUCUGCGGCGGCGUUGCACAACAUAAGCAGCAGCAGCAGGCCACACCCCAUCAUCUCUCCGCCGCCCCUCCUCUACCACCAUGACCCGCCCUACCACGUCCCAACUCCAAGGAUCAUACUCUCCAAUCACAACAACUUCCAGCAGCAGCAGCAUGAUCAUCAUAAUAAGCUUGGAAGUAGAAGGUCUGCUUCUGAAUUGGAAGAACUCAUUAUGGGGUGCACUUCUUCUACUACUCAUCAUAUCAAAGAGGGUUCAUCAUCAAUAAUGGCUAACCAACAAGAGGCAGCAUGGCUGAAGUACACUACACCUUUCUGGCACGACCCUGACAACCCGGAUCAUCAUGGGUAGUAGGACCAACUCCAAACACAGAGGGGAAAAAGGCCAGGAACCGAAGGAAGACCCAAAAGCUAAUUAAGGGAUGAAGAGGCCGGGAAGAGAAUCCAAUACUGCAUGGCAUCAGCUUUGCAUGAAAAUCAUAACCACUAGCUAUGAUUGAUGAUUACUCUGUCAUCUAGCUUUAUGGCCGGCCAGAUCAGAAACGACUUUACCCUAGCUAGCUAGUUUAUUUCUUUACUUACUAUUUCAUCUAUAUUUGUAUUAUUUUACUUUAUUUUCAAUUUUACUUUAACACAACAGGAUUUCUUCAAAGUGCAUAGGAAACUUCGUUUUGUUGGACCGUACCGCACAUGGACAGUCAUCACUUCCAUGCAUCGAUCUUCUUUUUUUAUUCUUCUUUUGUGAAGAGUUAGUUAGAAUAGUACUACUUGUAUGUGAUAAAGUCUAUACAUAUACAUACGGAGUAUAUUUAGGUACGUAUGGAAUAUAUCUCCCCUUUAUAGAAAUGAAAUGUACGUAUUGGUGAUUUACAACACCUUACAUUGUGAUCUCAGAUGCCUUAGCUACCUCCAUACAUUACUUUUGAGCGUUUGUACUCGUACAAAUUAAACAUUUCAGUGAUAGAAGCGAAAAGUUCCGCUAAUGGUUAAGGAAUUUGUAA